CCCGGGCUGUGGCGCGCGCGCUUGAUCUCCCCUUCAUUUUUUUCCUCCCCUCCCUCCCAGCCUUGAUCUCUCGCUCCCUCUCUGCCCCAAGAGCUCCCGGCUGCCGCGGCUCUCUCUCCUUCUCCCUGUCUUCGAUAGGCUCCACCGAGCGAUGCGAGCUUUGGGAGACAGCGACGCCGCCUCCCGCUAGAGAUCUGACCCCCAGGCCGGCCCCCUGCCCAUCCCUGCCCAGCGCGCGGGGGUCGGCGAAGGCGCCGCGGACGCACCGACGGUUGAGGACCGGCGAUGCACAUGCACUAGCAGCACCCCCUAACUCACUCCCUCCACACCCCGCGCCGCCGCCGCCGCCGCCUCCUCCUCCUCCGGCAGCAGCGGCAGAAGGACCCACCCUGCCCCCCACCCCACCCUCCGCGGGCUCCGGCUGCGGCUCCUGCCUCGACUAUUAUUUUAUUUAUUUUGGGUUGUGCACAAGCCUCAGUGCCUGCAGCCCGCGCCUCCUCGGACCGCGGGCGCCUCCUGCCUCGGCUCCCGAGCUCCAGACCCCGGCCACCCUCGCUUCAACACCCCCAGAGCCCUGCCAGCUGCCGCGAGUCUCCGCUGCUAGAAUCUUGUUAGCAGCUGUCUUUUUGGGGGGUUCUGGUUUCCCGACAUUUUUGUUUUCAGCCAAGGGGAAGACAUCGUGAUUUUUUUCCCCCUUUGAGCCGAGGCUCUGCUUUCUGGGGGGGUGGGGGGCGCGCCGAGCCGGGGAGCCGUGUUUGCCGAGUCGUGCGGGCUGUGGCAGGGAAGGGGCCACCAUGGGAUGUACUCUGAGCGCAGAGGAGAGAGCCGCCCUCGAGCGGAGCAAGGCGAUUGAGAAAAACCUCAAAGAGGAUGGCAUCAGCGCCGCCAAAGACGUGAAAUUACUCCUGCUGGGGGCUGGAGAAUCAGGAAAAAGCACCAUUGUGAAGCAGAUGAAGAUUAUCCAUGAAGAUGGCUUCUCUGGAGAAGACGUGAAACAGUACAAGCCUGUCGUCUACAGCAACACCAUCCAGUCCCUGGCAGCCAUCGUCCGGGCCAUGGACACUUUGGGCAUCGAAUAUGGUGACAAGGAGAGAAAGGCCGAUGCCAAGAUGGUGUGUGACGUGGUGAGCCGGAUGGAGGACACCGAGCCCUUCUCUCCAGAGCUGCUGUCCGCCAUGAUGCGACUGUGGGGCGACUCAGGAAUCCAGGAGUGCUUCAACCGGUCCCGGGAGUAUCAGCUCAACGACUCGGCCAAAUACUAUCUGGACAGCCUGGACCGGAUCGGAGCCACCGACUACCAGCCUACGGAGCAGGACAUCCUGCGAACCAGGGUCAAAACCACCGGCAUCGUAGAAACCCACUUCACGUUCAAGAACCUUCACUUUAGGCUGUUUGACGUCGGGGGCCAACGAUCUGAACGCAAGAAGUGGAUCCACUGCUUCGAGGACGUCACGGCCAUCAUCUUCUGUGUCGCGCUCAGCGGCUAUGACCAGGUGCUCCACGAAGACGAGACCACGAACCGCAUGCACGAGUCCCUGAAGCUGUUCGACAGCAUCUGCAACAACAAGUGGUUCACAGACACGUCCAUCAUCCUGUUUCUCAACAAGAAGGACCUGUUCGAGGAGAAGAUCAGGAAGUCCCCGCUGACCAUCUGCUUCCCCGAGUACACAGGCCCCAACACCUACGAAGAUGCAGCCGCCUACAUCCAAGCACAAUUUGAAAGCAAAAACCGCUCACCCAACAAAGAAAUUUAUUGUCACAUGACUUGUGCCACAGACACGAAUAACAUCCAGGUGGUAUUCGACGCCGUCACCGACAUCAUCAUUGCCAACAACCUCCGGGGCUGCGGCUUGUACUGACCUCUUGUCCUGUAUAGCAACCUAUUUGGUAAUGACUCCAGCAUUCACAGAACAGCUUGCGCACACACACAGACACACACACACAAAUGCAAGUUGGUAAAUCAACUUUAAAGAGGCGUAACAAAACAUUAUAUAUAUAAAAAUAUAUAUUAAAAAUUCUUUUUAGUUUGUACUAGAAAGAGCUCCGGACAGAACUGACCACCAUCCCAUAGAUCAAGGUGUUCCUGGGCCAGCGCUGAGCGUGCCCGUGCGCGCAUGCACAAGCAUGCGCGCACACGUGGCGAUGGGCGUCCUGACCCGGGCGGCCGUCCCUGUGAGAGCAGCCCUGGGUGUCACCUGCUGAGACCCAUCCCUGCGAGCGGCAGGGCAGAGGGGCCUGGCGCGGGCCCUGCCCAUCUCUCUGCCUCCAGCUCUGAGGCUGGGUGCCCUCAGUCCGCCCCGCUCUUGUGCGCAUCCCAAAACCCUUUACAAGAUGGCCAGCACCCUAAACAUCUCCCUGCCCUACACCCCCAACAGAAAACAACAGAAAAACUAAGGACGCUUCUCUUUUGGGUGGUGGUGGUUGUUAAUUUCAAGAACUUAGAAGAAUCAUUGCUCCGACCAAUCCACUGUCUCCUGAGUUUUCUUUCUUCAUGCUAAUGAGACAAGAGUCAGAAAAGGGAGACUUGGUCUGCUUUCCCAAAGCAGCUGAGGGGAGGGGACAGGCAGGGCACGUAGGGAGAAGGGGAGAGGAGGGGCCAAGGGGAGGGCUGGACGGGUCAGGGCCCCACGGACGAGGCCUCCGGGGCCCAGGCUGGGCUUCCCUUGGGCUUCUGGCCUUCCUGCAAUGCUGCCCCUUCUUGCCCUCCCCCGCCAUGAUGCAAAGAAUGCCAGGGUUUGUUGGUUGGUUGGUUGGUUUCUAAAAUCAAAGAAAAUGGUCAGACUGGACCCCCUUAUCUCUCUCUCUACAGACUGCUUCACGGACUCUUUGCUGUUGACGUUGAUCUCCUGGUAGCAUGACCUUUUGGCCUUUGUAAGACACACAGCCUUUCUGUAUCAAGCCCCUGUCUAACCUACGACCCCAGAGUGACUGACGGCUGUGUAUUUCUGUAGAAUGCUGUAGAAUCCGGUUUUAGUUGAGUCUUUACAUUUAGAACUUAAAAGGAAAAAAAAACAUUUCUCAUGUGCUUUGUAGCUUAAAAGGAAAAUGGAAAACUCACCAUAACAUCCAUAUUUCUUUCUCUUUUUUUUUUUGAAUAAAGAAACAUACACCUGUACCCCCACCCACCCCGUCUCACCUCGUGGCGGGGGGGCGGGGCCAGCCCCGCACACCACUCACACCACUCACACCCCUCACACCCCGGCCCCAGUCCAGCCGCUCUGGCCACACGCUCCCCCCAGGUUUGUAUAGAAAAAGCACAGCUCUCACGGGCCCGUAGCUGCCAAAAAGAAUCCGGAUCAUAUGUAUAAACAGAGCCCUCCAGAAAACAAUUUCCCCGCCAACCCCCUUUCUACAGAUACCCUCUAUCAUAUUUUUAGUUGUCUAGCUUUCAUUUCUGUCCUGAUGAGCCCUACGUACUACAUACCAGAUCAGCUUUCAUAGUCUUCGGGGAUCGGGGUCGCGGUUUUUUUCCUUCGGCGUUUCUGCUUCUCCGUCUCUAGGGCGCCCCCUGUGUGCGUGCCCCUCCGCCUCCCCCUUCGUUCAGUGGCCUGUGUCCGCUCUUUCUCAUGUGGGGAUGUUUGUGCUGCAGAUAAAAAGAACAAAAACAAAAAACAAAAAAAACAAAAAAAACAUUUUUUAAAAAUGCCACAAGAUGGAAAAGACAAAAAACACAAAAAAUUUAAAAAAAAAGAAGGAAUGUAGUGUUUACAUGAAAGCCAGUUUUCACGAUCAGUCCUAUGUCAUUUCUACUUUGACUCGUAUUCAAACCCCAAACCUCUUCACGGUUUCACUUUUAAGACUUCACAUUUGCUGAAGAGCAGCACAGCCAUUUCAGAUAAAGAGGAGGCAAAAUGACAAAACACAAAAAAUUAAAAAUACAGAAAAAAAAACUUGGAAAAAAAAGGAAAAAAGAAAAAAAAAGCCCAUGGGUCUUUCUAAGCCUUUCUAUUCCCAAUCGGUGAGGUUUCUGUGAUAUCUUACACACUGCCAGUCUACUUCUCUGACUAAUGGAAAAUUCAUGUGUAGCUCAAUAAAGAGAAUGUU